CAAAACUCUGGGUCAUCUUAAAAGACCUGUGGCACACAGACCACUGGACAAAGUUCUGCUGCCUCUUUCUCUUGGGAAGUCUGUAAAUAUGAAGCUGUUUCUGGUUCUCAUUAUUCUGCUGUUUGAGGUACUCACAGAUGGGGCAAGACUCAAAAAAUGCUUCAAUAAUGUAACAGGCUAUUGCAGGAAGAAAUGCAAGGUGGGAGAAAGAUACGAAAUAGGAUGUCUAAGUGGGAAAUUAUGUUGCAUUAAUUAUGAAGAAGAGAAAGAACAUGUGUCAUUUAAGAAGCCACAUCAACAUUCUGGUGAGAAGCUGAGCGUGCAGCAGGAUUACAUCAUCUUGCCCACCGUCACCAUUUUCACAGUCUAAUCCUAAAUCAAGCCCUUGUCUCGCUGGUCUCCACUCUUCCUAAAUAAAAAGUGCUGCCUAAUCCAGCAGCCUGCAGCAAAAGAUUCAUCUACUUCCUUCUGUGAACCUGAUUCCCCACAUAAUAAAGUCCUGUGCUUUCCUCUGA